AUGGCCGCACGAUGGGAAACGCGGUUGGGUCUGUCAGUCAGAAAAGGUAUGAUGUCUUGCCGUAAUUUCUCCGGAAUCAAUUUGACGACGGUUCUGUGCCAGAUGGUCGACGGGGGUUGGUAUUUUUGUCCCACCGAAGAGAGCAAUGACCUAGCAAGCUGUGUAUACUGCAAAUUGUCCCUUGAUGGUUGGGAACCCAAGGACGAUCCCUUUGAUGAACAUUACCGCCGUUCCGCGGACUGUUCAUUUUUCGUCUUUGCCCAACCCCCUGGUAAGAAAGGCAAAGGCUCACGCACGAAAAAAGCACGUACAUCCAAGGCGUCUCGUCUUUCGACCCAAUCAACUGCUUCAGAAGCUAUCUCGGAACUUGAAGAUCCCAUGGAUCAGAGCACUGUCUCCCAGCCAGCUACUAAGGCAAAGGGAACCAAAAAGUCAUCCAAGUCAAAAUCAAAGAAUGCGAAGUCUAAAAAGGAAGAGGCGGCGGAGCCCGACAGCCAGAUGGAUAUCGAUACUGCCGACUAUAGCCAGCCUGAGCCCGCCAAAGCAAAACGAACCACGCGUGGAACGAAAAGGACAAGCGACCAAGUAGAUAGGGAACAAGUCAAUGUGGUCGACAUCGAAAACUUUGAGGAAGCCGAACCACCCACUAAAAAGCGGGCCACAAAGGUGCGAAACAGCACUCAACAUGACAGCAAUCAAAACGAUGAAGUCACCGUGGACGCACAGCUGGAAGAGAGUAUCCCAGAGGACGAGGCCAAGAAAGGUCGAGGAACCACGAAAAAGAAAGCAUCCUCAAAGAGCCGAAAGGCCUCUAGCGGUUCGUCUACGUCUAAAACCGCUUCAAAAUCUCGCGUGCCUAAUGACAACGAGCUUGAUGCAGCUCCUGUGGCCGACUUGGAGCAGCCUGAACCUGAAGAGCAAAGUCUGGAGGCCGUGCAGAAGCCAUCAAAGAAGUCGAAAUCCAAGAAGAAGCAGAAGACCACCCCAGAGCCGCAGGAGGUGACCAAUCAUGCCGACGAGGAAGAGCCCGGGACAGGCGAAGCGCUGCAGCCUGAACAGCCUGAACAGCCCGAACAGACUGAAGAGCCCGAAGAGCCUGAAAAGCCCGAAGAGUCUAGCCCUAGCCCGGCAGCCCCAGAGGAUAAGCCGAGCCAUGUGAAAUCAAAGCGCAAGUCAAGAGGCUCUAACAUUCCCGAGCCAGAGCCGGAGAUUGUCACAGAGAAACCACCGAAGACACGGAAGCGGUCGGGAGCAGACGCAACGUUAAAGGGUGAGACAGACUCUAGGGUUCACGAGUCGUUCGUUUCAGUAGAGAUCCCAGCUAGAGUUCCUACUCCGGUAAAGCAGCCAAAAGCUGAACCUACAAAUAGAAGUGAGCCUAACGACAAGGAUCUCAAGAAGAAGACUAAGCAGAGAUCUUCCACGGAGAAGGCUAAGAAAUCAAAGAAAACAAGCAAAGCAGAGGCUCUUGAGCGCGAAAAAACCUCUGCUCAACAGGAGUUCGAGCCCAAACAGAGCCCCCAGGUCUCUUCAACUGGUCAUGACCUUCCAGAGCAGAGCGAACCACAAGACCCGCAAGAACAAGAGGCCGAGCAGCCUUCCACACGGCGUAGAUCAUCUAGAGUGCCUCCAAAGACGGCAGAGAGAUAUAGCGACAUCCCCGAGGAAAAACAGUUUGCUAGGACACUUGCGGGAUCGUCGCGGAGUUCAGAUAACCAUAGAAUGUCAGACUCCGCUGACCAAGGCAAUAUGUCGCCUCUUCCCACCUCGAAGAGCACACCGUCCCUAUCGCCGCAGUCCUCCGAUGUUGAGAACCAGCCUCCAUCUCUGAAGCCUUCGGCAACGCGGCCUCCUGUAGGAUCGCCGUCCAAACAACAGACCGUACGAAUUCCCCUAGCGCCCAACACCCCUUCGCCAACGAAGCGUAACACCAAUGCCGGGGGCCUCCGCACUACCCACCCGUGGAACCCUAUUGAUAUUGAUGAGAUCCUCCUUGCUGGAAACAGUGACAAAGAGAACGUCGAUUUGAGUUCAGCGCUGUAUAGCGUGAAGGGUGAUUUGACAAGCCCAGAGAAAAAGAUGUCCGUUGAAGAAUGGAUUAAAUGGCACGCCAAGAACGGGGAGGAGAAGUUGAGGCAAGAAUGCGAGAGGCUAGUCGGGCAAUUCGAGAGGGAGGGUGCCCGUGCAAUGCGAGUACUGGAGGGAAUUGAAUGCAUUGAUUGA